AUGGCUGCCCCAGAUACUCUUCCUUCGGACUGGGAGGACACCUUGCCGGCUGACCAGUCCCAGAAGCCUUUGAAAACAUUCGAUCUACCUAAAAGCGCAUUCACCACUUUCCGUUUGAUCUAUGGAACUCCCAAAGAUAUCUCUCGUUUGUCUACAUCUGUGUUUUUGGGCUCUAUACCUGAUGUGUGGCUAGGUGGGCCACAGACGGGAUUGAUCUUUGGAACUGCCACAAGAGCACGGAAAUCUGUCAAAAGGCAAUUCAAAUCUGCUUCCUCCACCAUUAGGCAAAGUGUGCGCUGGUUUCUGCCCAUUCAAGACAGCCAAUUUGACGAGUACGCUGAUCCAGAUGACCCUGAUGAGGACUUCAACUUUUUCACCAGCCAGAACCGUCAAAUGGAGAAACAGCUUGAGGAUGCUUACUAUGAGCAAGGAAGGUCACUGGCUAGCAUUGAUAGACCCUUGUUUGAUGGCUCUGCUCCUGCUGUUGAUGCCCCAGCAGCAGAUCUGGAAAUUGGUAAGGUUGGCCUUAGUAAAAGUAUUGACAAAGGUCUCAUGGAAGCCGCCAGGGACGGGAGAACUUCUCUGGAGAUCUCAGAGCCGGACGAAGACGACUUCAUUGGCGAGUUCGUUCUUAAUCGGAAUCUUCAGAAUCUUGACGUCAACUCAUACGAGUCUGGAGAAUCUGUGUCUGUAGACUCUCUUGUGACAAACUCCAUUGAGUCAUUGAUACCGUUUGUGCCAAUUCCUGUGGAUGUAAAUGGUGAAGUUCAUGAACCGCCGUACAUUCUACUAUCUCCAGACACCGAGAAUUCUUUAAAAGCCGAGGGCGGAUUACGAAAGAAUGGAAAGUCUCUUCAGAGUCCAGACGAUGCUGGAAAUCGAGAAAAUGAAACUAAAAAAAGCAUUGGUCUUGAGAUUGGGGAGAGAAUUUCGUAUGCUCGGGAGCCAUUAGUAGACGGUCUGAAACCUCAAUCUCUUUUACCGUCACGUUCUCAGUCGACCUCUCCGUCAAGAAGUCCAUCACCAACUGUUGCGAAUCAAGCAUCAAGAACAGCAUCCAACACAAGAGAACUCAAUGCGGAUGAGAUAGAGCUGCUACAACCUCAGGACGUGGGAGUAAGAUCUAAUUACCAGAUUCAGAUAUUGGGGAAGAACCCCAACAACACAUCGCGAACGAGUUCAAUAUCACCAUCAAUUCCUGUGACCGCUGUUCCAUCUCACUCAUCGUUGGCUCCUUCCAGAAUUUCUACCAAUCCAUACCUGUCUCUGGCUAAAGUCAAGUUUGACGUGAGGUCCACUUUGUCUAGAAAAUCGACGCUGUCCAAGAGAUCCAAAAUCUCCUUUGCCCUGCCACAACCAGAGCAACCAGGUGUUUCCUUUGAAAAACAACAAUACGUUCGUGCUGAAAGGGAGCAUGAUCGCAUGCUAAGGAAAUUGCACUCGCUUGCAUCUCGUUCCAAAGGAAGAGCCAAACACACCGGUCUGAGGUUAAAGCUGAAAGUUGUGGAGUCCAUCAUGUCCAAAUAUAAAGCGGGCGAGAUUAUUCGUGUGGACCGAAUGUUAGUUUUGAUCGAGAAGACAUCGUGCAGAGACGUCGUUGUUCACAGCGAGGGUGAGCACGAUGAUGCCCGAAUUCUCGAUCGAUGGAAGGAAUAUUACACAGUGUUGCGGAAAACGAAGCACCUUUCGCUUGAGAUCCAGCUAUUUGAAGUAUCUGAGACAAAAGAUUUUGAAGGAAAACCCGACCAUGCGCUUCCACUCAGCCACAAGUUGAAGGCGGAUUUCUAUUCAACAGCCGACAAAUCUAUCUCUGUGAUCGAUAAGAAGGAGAAUGAGAGCAUCAAGUACAUUUUUAACUCGAGGUAUGUAUCCACUGCAUUCAAAUGGCUUUUCAUUAUCAAAGAAAUCAUUCGUGACGAUAUGAACUCACGCAUUGGUGUCCACUUGACUGGCUUGGAUUUGCAAUUGACCGUCAAUGUUCCUGAUGAGAUGCUUCAUGCAUCGCUCCAUCCAUCUAAAGUAUUGAAUGUUGUGGAGCUAGAAAAGGGCUAUUAUGUUGGACAUGGUGAACUCCUAGAGUUUUUAAGGCAGGAAUUACUUUCAUCUCUUCAAAGAAUCAGACAUGUUAAUAAUGGAGUCGAUCAAUGGCUCAAGACUAACACCCAUCCAUGGCUCUGCUUCAAAUUUUAUGACAGACUCGAAUGGGCUGCCGCCAACAGCCGAGUAUUUUUCAUUCAAAAUCGAUUACAAGGUAGUAAAUCCAAGCUUGAAUUUCGCCAGAUUACCGGUACUCCUAUGAUUGCGAGUCCACCUAACGAAGAGCCCAUGGAGCGCCCGCAUUCAAUUGAAGGAUUUCUAGCCAGAGUUACCAAUAUCUCUGGAGAGGAAGUCUCGUUUCUUCGGCCCUUCUACCGAAUCCAGUAUUUCUAUACUUGCGAUAACGUUUUGCUAUUUUCUCAGAUUUUCAAAGGUACUCCUCCUUCACCAGAAAAUGCAUUCAUGAAUGCUGCCAACGACAACUCUGCUACGAGAGACCUCUUACCACAAAUUUACUACAAAAUUCCCUUUCCGUUGGAUGAGCGUGAGCAUAUUACAUGGCUCGGGUCGCCAGAGUUUGCUCAGAAAGAUGCAGAAGCAAUAGAAGAAUUCGAGAGGAAAGUUCAGCAGAUCGUUAAAGCUGACGCUAUGGUUGACUUAAAUUCUGUUGCAGAGGUAAGACCGGUUCUGAUGAGUACCAUCAUUAAACACCAUCGGUAUUUUCAAUCAUUCUUGUGGUACUCGUCCACGCAGAUGAUAGAGGAUGAAGAUAUAAUAGACUGUGCCUUUGAGAUUGUACAUGCGAAUGGUGGUAAGUUGAAAUUGAUGGCUCCUUCUAGGAUUAUUCGUGAUGAAUGGGUUCAACGUUUGAACGAAAUCGUGAAGUUCUGGAAGAAUGUCAAACUCGAGGACAUCGCAAAACAAGUCAUGACCCAGCAAUUCAAUUGUGAUAGGCUCGAAAUUAAUGAAUUCGACGACUCAAACGAGGCACAUCAAACGAAAGUUCUCGAGAAGAAGUUAGCACUCGGAAAUGAUCGAUUGUUCAACACCAGCUCAAUGGCUAUGGCUACUUCCGUCAUUCAAUCUGGAUAUCUCUAUCUCAAACACAAGAAGCAUUCCAAUUUUAACCAAUAUUAUGUUUUGUUGACACCUGGAUAUUUGGUGGUUUUUACUUUGUAUCAGCGGUCCAAGAUCUCCGGAAUCUGGAAGAAAACUCCUUACUUCAAGCAUUAUCUUACCAUCCUGUUAUCGCUGUGCUACGUUUAUUCCGGUGACAAGACUUGGCAAGAUCUCAUUGAGUCUUCUGAUUUUUCUGAACCAGGCAAAAACGAUCUUCCCAGGAUAUACUCUGAUGGCUGGAAAUCAUCAGAAGAAGACUCUCAGCGUUGCUUCACGUUGUGGUUCGGUCAUAAAAGAAAACUAAAAAAAGGUCUCAAAGAGCAUUCUACGUUCCAUCAAAGAAUGGGGAGAAAUGCAGUCAAUAAUCCCGGAUUGACUACUAUGGUCCGAAAGUUGGGAGUUACUGGCAAAAAGAUGGUGUUUCUUGCUAGGUCUAGACAAGAAAGGGAAUGCUGGGUUUACAAAAUCCUUAUUGAGAUGAAUAGAUUUUCUAAGUAA